AUGUCAGAGCCAAACCAGAUCUGUCUGAUUCCAAAAUCGACUGUGCCUCCCAGGUAGAGGAAGACAAAAAGCCAGGGGUCAGGAACAUACCACAGAGCCCCUGCAUGUCAGGCCUUAUUACCCUUUCCUAGGACAUUGUCCCCUUUUUCCCAUCCACCCCCAAGCUCCCCACUGAGGCCCAGUCCCCCCAAGAAUCUUCCUUCCACUGUCUCUCCCUCAAUGUGGCCGCUGAGCUGAAACUGGGACUAGGAGUUUUGGGGAGGCUUUAAGACAACCCUUCCCCCAAGAUUACCCCAGGAAAGGAACAGCCAGCACACCCCCAGUCUGGGGGCUCCCAUCAACAUAUAUCUGAACAAGGCCUGUGCAUAAGACUUAAAUUGCUUUGAUCAGGAGCCUGCCGCCCUGGGUUCAAAUCCAGCCCAGAGAUUGACCAAUAACAGCAGCUCUCGUUUUAAAAACUAUCUAUUCUGGGACAGACAUUUCACUAGGGGUUUCCUCCAUAUUUUUAAAAAAUUUAAUCUCUCUACCCUCCAUAACUGAUCCUAUUUUACCAAAGAGGAUCAGUAAGGCUCCCGGAGGGGAAGCGACCAGCGUCAGAACAGCCAGUCAUCACGAGCCUGGGACCUCGAACCCACCCAGGCCCCUGAUUCUGCUGUUGCCUAGGAGCGGAGGAGGGAGGAGCUGCCAGAGCAGAGGGAGGAGGGGAAAGAGAGAGGGCGAGCUCUAGGCAGCGCGCGCUGACGACAGCAGGUGAUUUUUUUUCUGCAGCGCGCUUUCUCUCAGCAUCUUUCCUGGAUUUUUUUUCCCCUGGCUGAGAGGCAGAUAAGGGUGCGGCAGCUGCCCUGCUGCAGAGACGGCGGCGGCGGCGGAUGCAGCAAUGCUCCGUCUCCACUGGAGGUGAUUGCCUCCGAGUCCUGCUUGGCUGCCGGCUGCCACCGGACGCCGGUGGGAAGGAGAACACAGCCUCGUCCGCGGACCUUGCGGCCACACUGCCUGGCCCUUCCUCUGCGCCAUGGCUUAAGCCCGCAGCCACCUCGCCUCGCGUCGCCCCGUUCGGCCGGGGUCUGCGCGCCUCCGCAGCCUUAGGGAGGGGCGCGUCCCAGACGCCCUCCUCCGGGGACUUGGGGACGCCGCGUCUCUCACUCGCCCUUCGGCGCACGCAGCAGACUGCGCUCCCAAGACGUUUGCAGGAGGCUCCCGGAGGCGUUUGCUGCGGGUAAUCGAGAGACUAGACCUAUCUCAGUGAUAGCUUUGCCGGUCGGACCUUCCCGGGUGUUCUCUGAGGGUGGAGGGCGAGGUAGCUCAGGCCACCAAGGAAAAACCGGUGGCAACCAGAUUGGCUGUUCGAGGGUCAGGGAACCAAAAUAAGAUUAGAGACUUGCUUUAGAACCACAGAAAGGAAGAGCGAGGGCCGGCUAGCAUCAUGGCGUGGCCGUGCAUCACGCGGGCCUGCUGCAUCGCCCGCUUCUGGAACCAGCUGGACAAGGCGGAUAUCGCCGUGCCGCUGGUUUUCACCAAGUACUCGGAGGCCACCGAGCACCCGAGCGCCCCGCCGCAGCCGCCACCGCCGCCGCAGCCGGCGCACGCACCCCCCUCGGCGCGGGCGGUCGCCAUAGAGACGCAGCCUGCCCAGGGCGAGUUGGAUGCAGUUGCCCGGGCAACAGGACCGGCGCCCGGGCCUGGAGGCGAACGCGAGGCGGUUGCAGCCUCCGGCCGGAGCGGACCCGGCCCGGGCCCAGCCUCCGGCUCCACUUCCAGCGCGGGCCCCGCGGACUCGGUGAUGCGUCAGGACUACCGCGCCUGGAAGGUACAGCGGCCCGAGCCGAGCUGCCGGCCACGCAGCGAGUACCAGCCUUCCGACGCGCCCUUCGAGCGCGAGACUCAGUACCAGAAAGACUUCCGCGCCUGGCCGCUGCCGCGCCGCGGGGACCACCCGUGGAUCCCCAAGCCCGUGCAGAUACCCACGACCUCCCAGGCUUCGGCGCCUAUUCUCGGGGCGCCCAAGCGCCGGCCGCAGAGUCAGGAGCGCUGGCCUGUGCAGGCCUCCGCUGAGGCCCCGGAGCAGGAGGGGGCCCCGGGAGGAGCGGGUGGCCUCGCAGCUGGAAAGGCAUCCGGUGCCGACGAGCGCGACACACGCAGAAAGGUCGGGCCCGCCUGGAUGGUGCGUCGCGCCGAGGGGCUGGGGCUCGAGCAGACGCCACUGCCCGCAGCCCAGGCGCAGGUCCAGGCCGCGGGGCCCGAGGGUAGUAAGGGGCGUGCAGCGGCGGACGCCCUCAACAGGCAAAUCCGCGAGGAGGUGGCGACCGCGGUGAGCAGCUCCUACAGGAAUGAAUUCAGAGCCUGGACGGACAUCAAGCCUGUGAAACCAAUAAAAGCCAAGCCCCAGUACAAACCCCCAGAUGAUAAGAUGGUUCAUGAAACCAGCUACAGUGCCCAAUUCAAAGGGGAGGCCAAUAAGCCAACACCAGCCGACAAUAAGGUCAUUGAUCGCAGAAGAGUACGCAGCCUCUACAGCGAACCUUUCAAGGAACCGCCAAAGGUGGAGAAACCUAGUAUUCAGAGUUCCAAACCAAAAAAGACAUCGGCAAGCCAUAAGCCCCCAAGAAAGGCCAAAGACAAGCAGGUGGUGUCAGGCCGGGCCUCCAAGAAAAAGAGUGCAGAGGGUCCCAGUGCUGCCCAACCCGACAGCAAGGAGCAAAGUAAAGAGAUGAACAAUAAACUGGCUGAGGCGAAAGAGUAAAUUUCACUGCACUUUCCUUUUAUUCUUCUCUUUUUUUUUCUUUUUUUUUUUUUUAACCAACCAACCAACAAAAAAGGCCACAAAAUUGAUUAGAGGCUUCUCAUCUGCCUCAGUCCUGAGUGUUCCAGGAGCUCUUUGGUUUGGUUUCUUAACUAGAAAAAAUAAAUAAAACACUGGAGGAAUCCUGUUUCAAAGACCACGUGGCAUGCUCCCUCUCCAAAUCUAGAGCAGCCUGCCACACGCUGCAGGGUCCCUGGAACACCAGGAAGCGUGGCUCACUGGCUGUGCCUUCCCGUGGCGGGGGAGGCUGCAUGCAGGUGAAGAAGGCAGGCAGGACUUAGUGUGCAGAGGUAGUUCGGAGAUGGCCGCGAAGGGGAUCCCUGGUAGUGCUUGGAACUAUCCAGAGGGUAUCCUCCUGUUCUCUCCCAAGGUCUGUGUCAGUGAUCGAUUUUGAACUUUAGGUAAAUGUAUUCUUUUCCAAAGUUCAGAGAGUUCAGUGCUACAGAAGCUCCACUUGGGCUUCAGCAAUUAAGAAAAGUUGUGGAAAUACUUAAAAAACAAAAAACCCUUGGCCUUAAUGCCAGUAAGAUGAGUUGUCUAUUAAGUUUAAGUAAUUUUUUCAUAUAAUCUAAUGUUAGAAAUACAUAACUGCAUUUAGUCUCCUGUCAGUGGGCUUUAAAUUGUAUACCAAGUAAUAAACAUGCCGCUGAUGGCUGAAACUAGGCCAGGGCACAAGAGCUCGGUGUUGUAAGUACAUUCUAGACAUGAGAGGGAAAUGACAAAAAUGAGGAGGUUGUGGGCCUCUGUUUACCCUCAGCCUGCCCAGUGCUGCUGGUUUUGCAGAGCAGCUGGAUACAGACCUCUGAAGAAGAAAGUUCAAGGUGUAAGGAUAGUGUAUUUAGAAUGUGGCUUUCCUGCUUCUGAGAAACACAGGAUGGGAAGUAGAUAUAGUGACAGGUGUGGGGAUGUUUACUCUCCCCUCCUGAUCUGUGCUUGCUCUGUUCCUCAGAAAGGACAGAAGUUGCUGAGCUUCGGGUUAUGGGAAAUUUCUGUGACUUAGCUAAAGAUUAGGGGAGUUCCCUGCUAAGUGAUUAGCAACACAUUUUUUACCUCAUUGAUGAAUAAAAGCAGCUCCGUGAGAGCUGUAUUAUGUGUCAUGUAUCUGUAUGGCCAAAACCCCCAGUGGUGGCAAGUGCCACUUUAGCUGUGCUAGAGUUGUGUCGUAGGCAUUAGAGAGUUAUUGUGAAAAGAACCCCAGUGCUCGUGAGGGAAUCAAAAUACCUAGUGGAAAAAUUACGUUUGCAAACCUUGUGACAUGUACGACACCCAGCACACUUUCUCUCUCGUGUCCUUACUGUUGCCAGUGUUCUGAAAUUGUUGGACUAUCUUUUCUUUGUGAUGAAAGUGGCGGAACGUGAAGUUCUCACAGUUCCUUACCUCAAAAGUCCCUGUAGGUCCUUCUGGUUUGGAGGAAGCGGAGCCUCCACAAGUGCUCACAUAUUCUGACCGUUCAAGCAACAAAGCAUCCAUUUGUGCCAUUUUGUUUGUCACUUCGGGGCUGAUUGACAAGUCUUUUGCAAAUUAAUUGAGCAUCUGCUAUGCAGGCCAUAUUUCUUGAAAGAACAGAAAUGAAAAAGAAAUGAUGUGCUUGGCCAGGCCUGCUGCCGUCUGCCUAUCUGUCUCCGGGUGUGGAACUGAGAAGUGUGGAAGAAGGUAGAAAAUGUUAGUGAGUUUCUGAGUUUAUGAAUCACAAAUUUUGAUGCCUGUCUGGAAAUGAGUAGAUCUCAGUACAGAUCCAAGCUAUUUUCUAGCUGAUCCCAACAUUAACCAGAGUGCUCUAUCAACAUGAUCCUAACUUUAUCCAGAGAAUUUGCCAAUGUGUUUGUUCUCUCAAGAUCUGGCAUUAGUCAGACAUGUUGAUGUUAGCCACAACUUGGGUUUCUCCAUAGGUAGUCAUAUAUUUUUUGCAGAUCAGUUAAAUCAGACUUUACAAUGUACAGGGGAACAUUCACUCAAAAUUUGCUUGUUGAAUAUGUGCCAGACACUGUGCUAGACAUGGCAGGUAGUGCAAACAGCAGCACAACCAGAAGGACACAUAUGACUUGAUCUGCUGUGUCUGGUUCAAGUUUGUGUUGCCCACACUGCAGAGUUUCCCACCCACCUUGCAGCCCCAGGGACUGAAUUUCCUACCCUGCCCCAGCUGAGGCUUUAGAAGACCUGAAUAGUGUCUUUUCAAUCCUUCACUAUCCACCUCUUCUUAAUCUCCAACCAAGAAAACCCCAUUUGUAGCUCACUUUGACUCUUGAAUGUGUCUUCACUGGCAAGAAACGUCCUCUGAUUUCUACUGUUUACAAAUAAAACUCAGCCAGCGUCAUUCUGUAUCGCAAACAUAUGGAUUGAAAUGGAUUUUGGUUUCACAAGCAGUGUUUUGGUUGUGCUUCCAGUGCCUGCUCUGUCCAUGUUUGUACAUAUCCCUAUGGCUGCCUGAACACACCUGGCAAGCAGGUAGAAGCUUUCCCACUGUCAGCUUUGCUUGCCUGCAAAUGACCCCCACCACUGUGCAUUGGCUCUGGAAGGCAUUUUGUUAUCCGCUGGUGCUUCCAAUCGGUCUGUUAUAUCUUGGCCUUUUCAAGGCAGACAGGAAGUGUCUAAUUACGAUUUUGUGGCCUGGGUUUUGUUGCAUACCACAGAUUGUCUAUGUACUAUGUAGCGCACACCUCUCUUGGUGCUAUUUCAUUCCUGCUGUUAGUAAGAAAAUGACAAAAAUAUUCAUGUAUAGCCAAUUGAUUGUGACGUGCUUGUGGUCUGUGCUUGCUCAGAAAAAAACAAACAGUUUUUCCAAUUAUAAAUAAAUGCUAAAG